AUGGAGGGCCUGAUCCACCAGGAACAGGAGCCGAAGGACACAGAGAAAUGGGUGGGUGUUUCGAGACGUAUGCCCUCUGCCAAUGCGCCUGCUCGAAAUUUUUGUGUGGAUCUUCUACACGCAGAGCUCUCUGUUUGUGUGCAGAUGGACUCUCUGCUGAGCUCUUUGGGAUCGGCGUUCUCGGACCUGAAUUGCGUCGUCUGCGAGCAGCUCAACGAUAAUUUCGCUCUCCGCAAUAACCUCCCGCAGUGCGCGCAUGAGUCUCCGUCUGUAGCGGUGGCCCCUUCCCUGUAUAGGCGUUUCUUAGUGUCGAUUAGGACCAUGUGUGCUCAACCCAGCCAGGGCAAACUGGUCUCGGAUUGGUUGGCGCUCGCUGCUGGAAUUAGGGGUUUCGAUUUGGCGAGGAGCACCGGGGAGGCACACCUUGCCUCCUUCGCGCUGGCCCCUUGCAACAGCCUUCCCGUUAAUCCUUUCACGGGACGAAAGGAAGACAUCGAUUGCUUGUUGGAGGCUAUGAGCGGCCUAGCCAGCGACUCCGCAGAGGCCUCUACCCGUGCAGCGUACGGCCGGCUUGCCGCCACAAGGCGAUUUGAGCCCUCCCCCCGAGAGCUUUUUGCAAGAGUCAGUGCAUUCAACAAGUCUCUCGAGGGGUUAAUGCAAGCCUUUGAUGGGGAGACGCGUAAGCCACGAGAAAACCAUCUGGAAGACAGAGCCGCUCUGCUGUCUCGUCAUGGUUGCUCUCCACUCUUCCUGACUUCCCUCUGCUCAGCGUGUGCUGAUACAGGGGCCUCGCGGCACCGGGGCCCCCAGCGUGCAGGGAAAGGCUCGCAUGAUUGUGUCUAUGUUGUGGAGCACGCCGAGUCGCCUUUGAACUUCGCCUCUCUGCUGCUGCUCCUGCCCCCUCCGUUCGUGAUAUUUUCCCAAGUGCCGAUUGCUCUGUGGGGUCUCUUCUGUUGCGCAAUUGUUGCCCUGGCUUCUGCAGCAAAGCCUCAACCGUAUCGCGUUGGAAACUCACUUUUGGCGGCUUCCAGCGUUGUGCAAGCCUCCCGGAAGCCCAAAGACGCAGGCCAGCUCGAAGCCCUACUCGCCGAUGCAAAGUUUUGCAUGCGUAUGUGA